UCCUAAAUCGGACACAUCCGGUCUGCACGAGACACCAACGAACACGGGUGUAACGCGUAGAAUCAAUGAAUCCACGUUGUACGCGCCUAAUAUGAUAAGAUGCGCCUUGGUAGAAGAGAGCGUUUGUUUGACGAUACUAGCUGACGUUCACUUCCCCCCUGCGUGUUCGAUGAUUGAGAAGAUUGGCUGAACCAAAAAAAGAAGAAGACAAAUGUAAAGAAAGAUGCCCAAUAUCCGGGAGUUGAGGAAGAAAGGGUCUAAAAAGGUCAAAUGGACGCUGGACGCCAUGGUUCGUGCCGUCCAGGAGGUGAAGGAAGGCAGGCAAACCGCAAGAAAGGCAGCCAGGAAGUUUGGCGUCCCAAAGUCCAGCCUGGCGGACCGACUCUCUGGACGCGUAGCCGUCGACUGCGUGCACGGCCAAAAACCGCUUCUCACCUCUGAGGACGAGAGUUCGCUGUUGGAGUAUUGUUUGUACUCUGCCAGUCAGGGAUGUCCUCAGAGAAAGCAUCAGGUCAUAACCAACGCUCUGGCAAUUUAUAAUUAUCGUAAUCCGCACCAACCCAGGACCGUUCUAGGCCAAACCUGGUGGAUUAACUUUAUGGAGCGGCACCGGCAUCGCAUUACCUCCCAGAAUAUGCGCUCCUACCUUUUGGAAUCUCAUACGAAAUCACACACAAAAAGGGGUUCGGUCAAGUUCCAACCGCCCGAGAGUCUGCCUCCCUCCUCCGAUCCCUACCUGGCCCAUCCCCUGGUAGCGUCGGGCCUCGUGACAGCGGAACUGGCCCGCGUCUUGUCCAAAACCAACGAAACCUGCGACGCCCAAAGUGACAGGAGAAGCUUCCAGGUGCUGACAGCGAGGGAGAUGUCAGAUGUCCUGCAGAAGGUGGAGGACAGCGCAGCAAGAGCGGAGGCCAGAAGUGCGACGCGACGGGGAGCGGAAGACACGGACCUGGCGGUCUCCUCCUCCACCUUUCCCGGGGGCUCUUGUCUCGGCGGCAAAAGACCACGGCCCCGCAAGGUCCGUUCAGAUGCUACAAGUCCUGGUGCCGCGGGUCCUCCAGGCCCGUGUGAUCCCACUUCUGCAUCCCAACGCGCCUCAACCAACAUGAGCUUGUCUUCCAAUAAAGUUGACGACGCUUCCAACCUUUGGCGGACCUCCUUCAUGGCUGUAGCUCCCUCGUCUCCUGCCUCCCUUUCCUCAACUGCUGAACCUACAACCUCCACCGUAGCCUACCAAGCUGCUAAGAAGGAACGGUUGGAAAAGAAGCUGUUGCGAUGUGGACGGUGCAGACAGCCUUACCCUCCAAAGGAUCCAGAAGGGUUGGUGUUGUGGGUUCAAUGUGACAACUGCCACAAAAUGUUUCACACAAUUUGUGUGAGCUCAGAGAUGGACUUGGAAGAUGAUGAAUUUUUUUGUUUUUGGUGCCUCGAUCUUUGAUUUUGGUUACAAUUAAGUUACAAUGUCUAUUGAUAGAUAAAAUGUCAGUUCUACUUAAUUUUUGAAUUUAAAAUUUUGAAACACAGACGCUAAAAACAAUGAGGGUUAAACCUAGUUUAUGCUUCUGCGUUUUCAGAGCGACCUCCUUUGAGACCCCCUUGCGUGUCCCUUGCGUGACUUUUCACACCUCGUUGCGUCCUUGCGUGUG